AGUCACGUGGGCGCUGUCACGUGACCCUGUAGGAUGUGCUGUAUGUUUACUGUGUUUUCCAUUCUGCUCUUUUGACAUCUCCGGUGUUAUGACACUUAAGUUACCACAAGAGCGGCAGUUAGCUCCAGGCUUUACUUAAUCCUGUUGCUCUCUAGGCGAAUUAAUGUACACUUAUUAGCUUUUCGGCAUAUUUAUUUUAGCUGUCGUCCCCAAAGGCAUCGGUAUGGCAAGCUCCCUGUCUCAGAAUCCACGAGAAGAAGACACAGAAAAGGACAAGUUACUGACUUCUGUAACUGACCACAAUGACGGCGGCCAUCCUUCGCUGGAUGUCGGCGGCUCAUCAUCAUGGAAACGGGUGGAUGAGGAGGAGGAAGAGGCUCUGCGCAGAAAGCUGAAAUACUUCUUUAUGAGCCCAUGUGACAAGUACCACGCCAAGGGCCGCAAACCCUACAAGCUGGUGUUGCAGCUUCUGAAGAUCAUUAUAGUAACAGUGCAGCUGGUGUUGUUUGGUUUGAGUAAUCAGAUGGUGGUGAUGUUUAAGGAUGAGAACACAGACUCCUUUAGGCAUCUCUUCCUGCGAGACUACCAGGACGACUCUGAUGGACUGGCUGUCCACACUCAGAGCGGAGUGUGUGAACACAUCAACUAUGCCAUAGAGCAGUAUCUGGCUCUCACUCAGAACUCCGUCAGCAGAUACGCGUAUGUGUUGGGUUCAGGAGUAAAUGGUAGCGCCCUCUCUCUGUGCCAGCACUAUUACAAGAAGGGCAGCAUUGACCCGGUCAAUGACACCUUUAAUAUCGACCCUCACAUUAUAACUGACUGUAUAGGGGUGAAUCCCCCUACAGACCCUUCAGAUCCAAUCCCUGAAGACUACAAGAACUUCACACUCAAAUUCCACAAGCUGAUAAACGUAACCAUCGAAUUCAAGCUGAAGGCCAUUAAUAUCCAGAGUAUCAUCAACAAUGAGAUUCCUGACUGCUACACCUUUUCCGUUACUAUCCUCUUUGAUAACAGAGCCCACAGUGGGAAGGUGAAGAUCAGUUUGCGUAACAAGGCCAUCAUUAGAGAAUGCAGUGCAACUAGUGUGUCUGGACACAAGGAGAACUACUGGCGGGUGGCGUUUGAUGUGUUGGUGGCGAUAGUAUGUGGUCUCUCUCUGGCCCUGUGUGGACGCUCCAUACUCAGAGGAAUCGCCCUGCAGCAUGAGUUUGUGCGGUUCUUCAGGCAGUCUUUGGGUCGUGAGGUGUGUUGGGCUGACCGGCUGGAGUUCAUUAAUGGCUGGUAUUUACUCCUCAUCAUCAGCGACAUACUGACCAUCAUUGCUUCCUUCAUCAAGAUCGGAAUUGAGACCAAGAACCUGGCGUCCUAUGAUGUGUGUGGGAUUCUGAUGGGCACUUCAACUCUGCUGGUGUGGGUGGGAGUCAUCCGCUACCUCAGCUUCUUCCAGAAGUACAAUAUCCUGAUAGUGACUCUGAGAGCAGCAUUCCCUAACGUGAUCCGCUUCUGCUGCUGCGCCGCUGCCAUCUAUAUGGGCUACGUCUUCUGCGGCUGGAUCGUGUUGGGACCCUACCAUGCAAAAUUCCGCUCUCUGUCCACGGUGUCAGAGUGUCUGUUCUCUCUAAUAAACGGAGACGACAUGUUUGCCACAUUCUCAGAGGUGGAGCGCAGUGGGACGUUGGUGUGGCUGUUCAGUCAGCUCUACCUCUACACUUUCAUCUCUCUCUUCAUCUACAUGGUGCUGUCACUCUUCAUCGCCCUCAUCACCGGGGCCUACGACACCAUCACACAACAAGCCCAGGAGCCACCACAGGUGUCAGAUCUGCAUCACUUCAUUGCGCAGUGCACAGACACGCCCACUUCAGGAAAGUUCCACAGCCCAGAGAACACGUCCUGUUCUCCCUUCUGCUGCUUCAACUAGCGAGGAAAGAGUGUGUGUCUGUGUUUAUGUGUGUGUGCAUGCGCGUGUGAGAGAGAGAGAGAGAGCGAGUAUGAGCAAAGGUAUGUGUGUGAGUUUGUGCUGUAAGAGAGUUUGUCUUGUCUUUGUAAAGGUGUGUAAAGCACAGAGGGUAAUUCAGCCCCCUGUUAGAGCUAAAGCUGUUUUACUUGGUUUCUUAUGGAUUUCAGUACUGGUUGAGUUUUGCCUUGUUGUCAGUUAAACUAUGUGAACCAGUGCCUCCUAGUGGCAGUGACAGUUAGCUCAGCUCUGCACUCAUGUCAUCCUCAGUAUUCAUUGGGGGCAUUUAGGGACUUUUAUUUUAUAUAAUAUUUGGUUAAAUUUUUGACUUUUACUUCUUUGUUAUUUUAAUUAAUUUAAUUAUUUAUGAAGAGAAUGUGCUGAGCACUAUUUGCACAAAUAUAUUUUUAUUCGUUUGUCUUUUUUUGAUGUUGGUAAAUGAAGUAGUCAUACAAUGUGUAUCUGACAGCUAAAUUACAAUGAACUGCAAAUUAAUGAAUGUCUGGUCAAUAUACAGUACUGUAAGAGUCAGAGACCACCUUUUCAUUUAUUUAAUUUCCAGUCAAAACCACCACUGAAUACAAGUUACUCAGUUUCAGUGUUAGAAAAAAAGCAGAAAAACAUGUAUUUAACAGAAAAUUCCACAAAAGCCUCAAAGUAUAGGCACAAAACUCAAGUAUAAUAUCAAAUCUGUCAGUAUUUAAUUUGUCCACUCUUUACUUUUGUGCACUCAACUGCCACUUUAACUCUUUCAUCCUUCCAAUCUCAAAACUAACCAGUUAAAGUUGUUCGCCAAAACUCACUGAUAUUAUGUUCCCCUUCAAGCAGAAACUAACAUUCACACAAGCAAAUAAGUUGGAGUUUGAAAAAUGAUUAAAAGUUACAGAGAAACUUAGACUCCAAACAAUCAUGCAGGACCUGGUAAACCACCGCAACCGUCCCCAUCAGAUAAACUGCACUUACAGCUUUAAUCUUUGAGAGAGAGGAGAAAAUCAAGCUCCACUCUUACUUCAGAUCUGAAAAACUCCACAGGUGUU